AUGCCUAUAGAUUCUCAGCGGAAAGUCUGGAUGGUCACCGGAACUUCAACGGGUUUUGGGAAACGCUUAGUCUCGCAGGUUCUCUCCCGAGGGGAUUAUGUGAUCGCGACCGUCCGAAAGCCAGAAGACUUUAAGGUCAAUGUAACAGAGUCAGACCGCGCCCGUUUGCAAGUUCUUGCGCUCGACCUGAAUGAUCCACAGGAGAGCAUCCAGGGGAAGGUCGAUGGUGCACUGGCAAAGUGGGGUCGUAUUGAUGUGCUGGUUAACAACGCCGGCUCAGCUCCCAAAGCACUUCUAGAGGAAGGCGGAGCUGCUUUUUCUGACACCCAUCUUUCCACCAAUAUCACCGGGACAAUUAACGUCACAAACGCGGUGCUUCCAAAUAUGCGGGAUCGACGUUCUGGAAUGGUUGUAUUCUUGGGCAGUCGCUCAGUCUGGAAUGCCGAGAUACCUUUGACGGCUCAUUACAUCAUAUCAAAAGCGGCCCAGCAUGUCCUAGGCGAGACAUAUGCUUCGGAGCUGAAGUCUUUUGGCGUUCGCGUCCUCAUCUUUUGCCCCGGAGGCUUCCGUACGGAGAACAUACACACUCGUCCGCUGGUCGUGCACAACCGCAUCGCCGCAUAUGACACAUUCCGGGACGAGGCCAUGGUCGACUUCAACGAGAGGUGGAGAAAUGCCCCGGGCGACCCGGAGAAGGCGAUGAAGGUUCUUGUCGACGCGAUAAAUGGAGAGGGGAAAGCAAAGGGAAGGGAGCUCCCUUUGUAUCUGCUCCUAGGAAACCCUACAUACGACGCAGCGCGGGCGUACUGUGAGAAAUUGUCUCAGACGAUGGCUUCCUGGGAGGACGUGACGAAAGAUUUAGACCUAGAAGAAUGA